GGUCAUUUCAAUUAAAAUAUGAAAAUAUAUACAGCAUACAUAAUUUCACAAUGGUUAUACAACAUUUAAAUGAUUAGAGGCAAUCCCACGAUCAUACUCAAUAGUUCAGUCUGUGCAGAUAAGUACAUAUCCAACCCCAAGACACUGAUCACAGAAAGCAUUUGGAAUUGUAAGGAAUUUUUCCAUACAAUCACACAAGCUAUAGAGGAACAGAGAUUUAUUUCUCUCUGAACCCUGAUAGCUCAACAAAUUCCAUGGAUAUGAAACAUUAAGUGAACAUAAAUAAAGUGCCGUCUCUGUAACUGUAAUGGGAGGUUCAGUAUCUAUUCUGAUUAGCAGAUUUUAUUAGUCACAAAGGAGAUGGGGUCUGUUAUGUUGUGAAAUAUGCCCUGAAGUCAACAAUAAAGCCGCCAUAUUUUUUACAAAUUUUAGCUGAGUCAAGGUUUGUUUGCAUCCCAAACAUCCCAGAACAUUUGUAAACAAGUUACUUGUUGCUCUCAGAUGUGAACAGCUAUCAAGCCUGUGAACAGUUGUGUGAAUUAGAAAGAAGCUGGUAAAUAUAGCUCCUGGUGCAGCACUUUUUUUUUAUAUCAGGAUGGUUAGUGUCAAGGAUGGCUUCUACAUAUUGUGCUUUCCAUUGCAGUCAGGAAAAGUGUAAUUUUACGUCCUUAUUGUCACAGUUCAUUUUUAGUGUUAUUGUUUGGUUACUGUUGCACAUGCAAGAGCACUUGGAGGUAUAGUAUCUCAAGAUUUUCCUUUUUUGUAUGUAAUAAAGAGAAAUAUCACAGGAUGUUUAAUUAAAAUAUCAAGAUAUGUAAAAUGUUUGUGGUUUAAGAUUCAACUCUCAACCAAACACCACUUACAUUUCUCAACAUUGUCAAUCUAUCCUAUAAUUUUUUCCUUUUUUUGAUGUCAAUCUAUCCUAUAAUUUUUCCUUCUUUUGACAGUCUUUGAUGAUGGACAGGGAAGGACCAGUAGGGGAAAUAUAUAUAUAUUUUCUAAUUCAUUGUCAUAAUCCUUUUCUACUAUAGAAAACUACUCUUAAUUUCCCACAUUACCUUUUCCCUCUUUUGCUUUUCCAUUUUCCUUCCUUGCCUUGGCCUCCCCUCCCUCUCUUGCCUCCCAUACAAGCUGUACUACAACUGUCAGUUUGCCCUUGGGAAGUGAUAAAGUGUCUAGCAAGGGACUGCAAGUAACUUGGGCAGGUCUUUCAACUUUUAUCAGAGAGUUUACCAAAACUAAUGAAGAAAAGCAGUUGGUUAUUUAGUUUACCCUAACCAGUAAAGAAAAUAUGGACCUGUUUUUGUGUCCUUCAUCUACCUCAUCCUUGAAUAUUUAAUGUCUUUUGCUGCUAAUAGGUCAGUGGUAUGGAUUGUGAUAUUCGACUUGUAAGUGGGUUGUGCAAUAAUUACUUCACCUCAUAUUUUCUUCAGUAAAAAUAUAAUUAAUGUAAUCUGACUUUUAUAAAGCAUUACUUUUGUCUUGAAAUGUAAUCUGAUUUUUUUCAUAAAGCAUUUUUUUUUUUUUUUAUGUAUAUAUGGGAAGACAGCUUCAAAUCUUACAUUUAUGAUUGUAGUUGUGUACAUAUACAUUUGAAAUAUUGAGGAUGGUUCAUAAUGUAUAUAUGUAAUUAUAUUGCUACAUUAGUGUAUAUUUAUAAAGUUUAUGAUAUCCUUUAUGUAGAAUGCAUGAAAGUUCUUUUCUUUUAGUACCAAAAUAACCAUACCAUUAGUAGCAGCUCAUAUCCUAAUGACAGCACUAUUUAGAAAGACCUGCAGAGAACUUUCUUCUGCUAAAACUGUGCUUUUCCUCCUUCAGUGUCUGCUCUUCCCUCUGUCGCCCUCCACUCUCUUCGCAGUGCAUCGUUCUUUCAAGCACCUGGUCCUCCAAUCUCUGCCUGAGCCUCUGUACGUGUGCCUCUCUCCCUGACCAGAAUCCUGCCCUGCCCAGACAACUCUUCAAAGUACUGGUGAGUUCCACUGGCCUGCCACUCACCAUGGGGAGAGAUGUCACCAUAUCCUGCCCCUUAUGGAGUUUUAAUACCUGCCACUGAAGACAGAGAUACAAACUGAGACUACACCAUUUCCUCAAAUGCCACCAACGUUGCCCACAAAUGAAGAUGAUGGUUUGGAGUAUGAAGCAGCUCUGUCCUCAACAGGGAAUCCACAAUUGUCAAAGAUGACAACUACAUUUGCUGAGUGGGAGGGUGGCAGUUUCCAGAUCAAGCGAAAAUCAAGAGAUGUUUACCCUUCUCAUUCAACACUGUUUGACGAGCAUGAGAUUUUCCAGAGCCAUCCCACACAGCGUAGUCUUGAAGAAAGAAAACGUCUUAUUCUCUCAUCUUUAAGAGGUUGGAGGAAAUCGGAAAGACAUUCUCAUGGUCAGUCUAGAAAAGGACAGGUCAGACGUGGAAGAGAGAGGCAAAAUAGGCAGAGCUUCAUGUCUGAUUCUUCAAGAGAAAAUGAAAAGACACCAAGAACUCAUUUACAUGAUGGAACACAAACAAACUCUAAUGUAGAAGAGCAGGAUCAGAAUGUAAGAAAGCAAACUGAGGGGAGAGCAAGGAACUUAUAGGGAUCUAAAAAUUGGAACUGAUGUUCCAGAGAAUUUAACUCUUCAAAUGGGAAUGAAAGCAGACUUGAAAGACCAGAAAAAAGAAAAUGCCAGUGAAAUACAUGAAAAAUCUGAAACACCUUCAAGUUAAAAGAAGUAAAUUAGAUGGGCAGGAUGAAAAUCUUGCAAAUAUUGACUUAUCACCAACAACUGAGAUAUAUCUUAGAAAGGCAGUUCGGUCCUGCAUACUUCUGCCCAACGGUAACGUUACAUGGAAGGAACCUGAUACCAGUAUGUGCAGGGAGGAAGCAAAUGCAGAAGGCAGAAAGGGCUGCUGAGGAGGUGGCAAACCUGACAGCCUUUCCUUCAGCUGUUGACUCAGAGAUGUUCACUCGUGCUGCAGACCAGUUGGCCAUGAUAGUCGAUCAUGCUGUCAAGGAUCCGGCUGUAGCCAGCAAAAUGGUGGAAUCUCUGAGCAACAUGAUGGAGGUGAAUGACUCGGUGGUAGCUGCUGUGGAUCAGGAAAGCAGUGUGACCAAGCAGAUCCUGAAGACAAUCAAUACCUUCACUGAGAAUGUUGCCUUAGAAGUUGGAAAGCAUGUUAAAUAUGGAUCACAGCAUCUGAUAAUUGAAGCAAGGCUACUGGACUCGUCACUGAAGGAAAACAUCACCUUCUCUCCCACCCAGGAGGGAAGUGACCCAUCACCGUCACAUUCCAGUCAUGUGCCCAACAAUGACAUAGACUUAUCAGUACCUAGUCAGAAAUCGAAACCAUACAUAUCCUUACCACCUCAAGCUCUGAAGCUGGCAGGCACAAAGAAUGUGCGAUUAGAAUUUGUAUCUUUUGCCAAUGAUAAAUUCUUCCGGAGUCAGCAAGGUUCAGGGCUACCAGUUAUUGCUGCCAAAAUCACCAAUACUGAAGUUACCAAUCUGAGUUACCCUGUCCUGUACCACAUUCCUUUGGCAGCCUCUCACACUUCAGAACUAGUUCAUCCUGUAUGUGUGUUUUGGGAUGAAAAAGAGCAGGAAUGGUCAAGUGACGGCCUCAACAUGGUGCAGAGUGAUGGAAAGAUGUUCUGCCAAGCCUCACACCUUACGGCAUUUUCAAUAUUACUGGACCCAGUGCCUGAACACCAUGGUCUUCAUGCUAGGACUCUGUCCAUCAUCACAUAUAUUGGAUUAAUCAUAAGUACAGGGGCACUUAUAGCUACAGUUGCAACUUAUGCUUUAUUCAGAACUCUGAAUCGGGACCGCAGUGGUAAAAUUGUGAUGAACUUGUCCCUUGUCUUGCUGCUACUCAACAUUGUGUUCAUCAUUGCCGCCAAUCUCAAGCCUCCAUCAGUGGCCUGCAUGGCACUGGCUGCUACGCUUCAUUACCUGGUAGUGGCAGCCUUUGCCUGGAUGUUAGUGGAAGCAGCCAACAUGUACCAGCUCCUUAUUACAGUGUUUGCCUCUGCUGAGACUCACUUUAUGGCCAAACGUGUUGUUACAGCAUGGGGAAUUCCUGUAGUUUUGGUGGUGAUAGCACUUGCCAUUGACAAGGAUGUGUAUGGAGAUCCUGCCCAUGGCCACUGUGUCAUCAGUCCAAUGUCCAACCCAGCCCUCUAUUACUCCACCUACUUGGGUCCUAUAUGCCUUGUCCUGCUGGUGAACUGUGUGGUGUUUGUCUUGGUAACACGAGUUCUGUGUCAGCGUCGGCCACGUUCAAACAAGCCCAGGGCAACAUCUAGCUCCCCACCAGUGGAGCUACCCAUUACUCUGGCACAGGUUCGAGGAGCUGUAACAGUUGUGGCAUUGCUGGGAAUCACAUGGGUAGCUGGUGCAUUAAGUAUUGGUGGUGUCCGAGUUACACUGCAAUAUCUUUUCUGCCUAACAACACCUCUGCAGGGAUUGAUUAUUUUCAUUGUGCGUGUAGCUCAGAAUACAGAGGCUCGAGCAUCUUGGAUAGCUUUGCUCACCACAGGAACUCUCCGCCGCCGCCCUCCUACGCAUACACGUUCUACCCACUCUUCUGAUCACAGUCAUUCAACUUUGUCAACUACUAAUACACCAAGGAAUAAUCAUUCAUCUACACACACAACCUCAACAAGGAUUUCACUCAGAACUUCUGCUAAACCCACAGCCAAUAACCAGAGAAAUGGCUCUAUUAAAUCCUGGAAAGCUAAAAAUGGAAGCAUAAGCAGUUAUUCUUCAAAAAAUGAAAAGGGUCAUGAAACCAAUUCAGUUAUGAGUACAAUCUUUGCUCAUCUAGUCAUGCGCUUCAGCAACGGUCCUCAUGAAAAUGGAAAUGAUGGACCACCUAUCUCAAAAAAUAUUUCCAAGGUAAGACCAGAUUCAGCUUCAGUUAAUCUUCCUGAGUUGGAAUGUCCAAGUAGAUUAAACCAAGAACAAUCAUAUUUUUGUGAAGCCAUUCCAGAAAAGUCACGUCGCUCCAGUCACAAGAACAAAGCCAUGCAUCGCCCACAGUCACUUGUGCUGCUACGCACAGACAGUCAUGGCAGCGUAAUGGCCACCCAAUCAUCCACCCUGUCAUCUCAAGAUUGUAUUAAUCCUCAAUUUCCUCUACUUUCCUCUAAUUUUCUACCUGAGGAAUUAAUGGAAGUUGGAAUCCCCUCAUCAUUAGUACCAAGGAGAUCUCUCGGCUCCCUUGUGCUUACUGCAGGAAGCAAAGAGGGAGAUGAUUCAUCAUGGCACUUUGUGAGGCCUCCAACUGAUGGGCACAGUAAUCCAGUUAGUGAAGGGGAGAGUAUUCUUGUGGAAACUGACCACAGUGCUGUAAGUACAAAAGGGGAGAGAGAUUGUGAGAAACUUGGUUCUAAAAUAAUGGAAGCUAGUGAAUCAAAAAGCCACAAUGGCUGCAUUGUUCUUUCAGGACAACGAGUUGCAACGAACAACUCUGCCAUAUCUGUAGGUGGAGGAAAGAUUGUAGCUCCAAAUCUCACCAGAGCAAACAGUGAGGUGCAUGUGAACUCAUCGCUUAUCAAUCCUGCUGAUUUGCGACGUUCUGCUUCUGUGUACACAUUAGGAGAGUGGGAAGACCCAAGAUCAUCAAUAGUCUAAGUGAUUUAUGUUACCUCAUGUUAAUUCAUUUUCAUCCAAAGAGUUUGAACAUAAAGACAAUAAUGUGAAGGUAUUGUAUGUUGCAUUAAAAAUUAUACUGAACUAUUUGCAAUCAUGGUAAUUGCUUAUAUAACUGAUGUGAGUGAAUUUGAUAGAUAAACUAUUAAGAUAUAUUUUAGGAAAGUGUUAAGAUAUUGGACAGUUUUAGUCUAUGCAACAUGUGGCAAAGGUCAAUACUUGUAACUAAAAAUCUUACCAAUUUGUAGUUUCACUGACUGUGCUGUUUUCUGGCCUUAUGCUGCAUUGUUUAGUUCAAAUAGUGGCCCUGUUUAGCUUCAUUCAGGAAGAUCAUUACACAAUUCCUUCUCUACUCCACACAGGUAAUACUAACCUGAAGAACUCUUCAGCAUCAUAAGGCCUUAUUUCUAUGUAUAUAAUUAUAUAUAAAUAUAUUAUAUCUUAAUAAAAAGUAAGUGCAAGAA